GAGCUUUAUAGCAACCGUUGCCCUGAGCUGCAGCGCCAUAGUCACCGUAGUCCUGGCGACUGUAACCCACCAACAAUAACAACAACAACCUCCUCCUCUCCGCUCCAUCCUUACCACCACCUUCCUACCAUCCUCAUCCUCAUCCACACACUAGUCCAGGCGCCAUGCAGACCCCAGAGGCAGGCGCUGACUCCACGUCCAACGUGCCCCUCCAGACCAGCGUGCCUGUGCAGCCUGCGGUCAGUGCCCAGCAGGUGGCGUCUCAGGUGCCCGUCCAGCAACAGGCGCAGACUGUUCAACAGGUCCAGCAUGUGUAUCAAGCACAGGUGCAGUACGUUCAGGAGGAAAACAACGGCGUUUACACCAAUGGAACCAUACGGACGUAUUCGUACUCAGAACCGCAACUGUACAACCAGAACAGCGGCGGGAACUACUUCGAUACGCAGGGCAGCUCGGCUCAGGUGAGCACGGUGGUCACCACUCACAGCAUGGCCAACAACGGCAACGGGAACGGCGCUUUGGCCAUGGGGCUGUCGGGAGGCCAGAUCAUCAGCAGCUCGGGAGCGUAUCUGAUUGGAGGAAACUCCAUGGACGGCUCCGCCCCUCACAGCGCGGCUCAGACCACCAGAGCCUCCCCCGCAACGAUUGAAAUGGCGAUUGAGACGCUCCAAAAGUCUGAAGGUUUAUCCAGUCAGAGAAGUUCGCUGCUCAACAGCCAUCUACAAUGGUUACUGGAUAAUUACGAGACGGCGGAGGGAGUGAGUCUGCCCCGUUCCACCCUCUACAAUCACUACCUGCGCCACUGUCAGGAGCAGAAACUGGACCCUGUUAAUGCUGCGUCUUUCGGGAAGCUCAUCCGCUCCAUCUUCAUGGGGCUGCGCACCCGCCGCUUGGGUACCCGAGGGAACUCUAAAUAUCACUAUUAUGGGAUUCGUGUGAAGCCAGACUCUCCUCUGAACCGGUUGCAGGAGGACAUGCAGUACAUGGCGUUGAGACAGCAGCCCGUCCAACAGAAGCAGAGAUUCAAGCCAGUGCAGAAGAUGGACGGCGUUUCAGGCGAGAACUUCUCCACCGGUGGGCAGCACACGCCCAAUCCUGCAGAGCAGACAUUCAUCGCUCAAAGCCAGCAUCAUCAGCAGUUCCUGGAUGGUUCCAGGGCUCUGCCGGAGUUUGUUGAACUUGACCUCGGAGAGGCUGUGGAAGGCGUCGGAUCAGAGGACGUCAAAGCCCUUCAGACGCUGUACAGAGAGCACUGCGAGGCCAUUUUGGACGUAGUGGUGAACCUUCAGUUCAAUCUUAUUGAGAACUUGUGGCAGACUUUCUGGCGCUAUUCUCCCUCCAGCUCCGUAGAGGGCGUCACCAUCACAGAAAACAGCGGUAUGAGCGAGAUCGAGGGCCGCCUGCCGCGGACCAGACUGAUUCUGCUCUGCCGAAAUGAGGCGGUGCUGAAGUGGAUGAACACCUGUGAUCACCUGAUGUAUCAGGCCCUCGUGGAGAUCCUCAUCCCUGAUGUUCUGAGACCCAUUCCUAGUGCCUUGACUCAAGCCAUCCGUAAUUUUGCCAAAAGCCUUGAGGGCUGGCUCACCAACGCCAUGAGCAGCAUUCCCCAGAGGAUGAUCCAGACCAAGGUUUCCACUGUUAGUGCCUUUGCUCAGACCCUCCGCAGAUACACGUCUCUGAAUCAUCUGGCGCAGGCGGCCCGUGCGGUCCUGCAGAACACCUCCCAAAUCAACCAGAUGCUCAGCGAUCUCAACCGUGUUGACUUUGCCAAUGUGCAGGAGCAGGCCUCGUGGGUGUGCCAGUGCGAAGAGGGCGUAGUUCAGCGUCUUGAGCAGGAUUUCAAGGCCACCCUCCAACAGCAGAGCUCCUUGGAACAGUGGGCCGCUUGGCUGGACAACGUGGUCACUCAAAUACUCAAGCCGUACGAGGAUAAGCCCACCCUCCCCAAAGCCGCACGCCAGUUCCUGCUCAAGUGGUCCUUCUACAGCUCUAUGGUCAUCAGAGAUUUGACCCUUCGCAGCGCUGCAAGUUUCGGCUCUUUCCACUUGAUCCGGCUGCUGUACGACGAGUACAUGUUCUACCUGGUGGAACACCGUGUCGCGCAAGCGACGGGAGAGACGCCCAUCGGAGUUAUGGGAGAGUUUCAGGACCUGAAUACCAUGUCACCUGCCAACAUCGACAAAGAUGAGGUGAGCGAGAUGGACAGCGAUUUGGACGAGGAGAUGGAGGAGUCCGACGAGCCUCUCGCCAAGCGCGAGAAAGCGGAGACGGAGGUCAUCCAGGUGCUGCAGGUGGGAGCCAUGGAGGACGGCAGCAGCGCGGUGGUGGGCGUCGUUCAACCCAGCAUGCUCAGCUCUUUGCCCCCGACCGCCGGCAAUCACACCGAGCACAUCCUCAGCUCCGGAACCAGCACCAUCCGCCACUGCGGCAGCGUGGGAAACACGUACGCCUCGGUCUGAACGGGCGUCCGUCGCGCUCUCAUCCCGUCCAUUCUUAUCCUUAGCGAAAAUGGAUCUCUGCAAAGCUCCCAUGAACACACGUGCUGAUUGUAAAGUCUAAAGCCCUGAUGUGAAUAAAAAACGUUUGUCGGAUGACCCAGAACUCAAAUCCAAGCCACUGGUUCCACCAGGAACGUACCAUUUGCCUAGUCGAUAUUUAUCACUUCUCUAUUACUGUACCGGUCAUUGUUUACAGUUUCGUUUAGAACGCGUAAUUGGCCAAACGUCGCUUGCUGUUUGGUUAGGGAGUGGAAAGUCUCGCUGUAUAACCGUGCUGCUAUAAUCAAAGCAGGCUAGACCGUACUUGUACCGAGCGUAAUGAGCUUGCCUUUUCACCUUCUGUACUUUGCAGUCCGAGUGUUUGUAGAUUCUAGUCGUUCGGUAGCCUUUUCUUUUGGUCGUUGUACAUAUGCUGCAUGUGCGAACUGUGUCGUGGGUCUUGGAGUUUUUCUUUUUACCGACUGGACCAAAAACACAAGAGCGAGAGACGACGGGCUGUCAUCACGGGCCAUUUCGACGCUUCGUCGCCUCUCGCGCCUGUGCGAUGUUGCGGAGCGAAUGUCAGGGAUUUUAUGUACCUCGGGUUCAUCUUAGUGCCUUAACCCAAACAACAGCUUUUCAUCUCGUCUGAACCGGUGAAGCCGUCGUGUUCGUGCUGAAAACCACACCGCCGGAGAAUAUUCAUAGCGUCGCGGAGACAUCUGCCACCCGAUUUAUCACGGUGGACACGUGGCUGGAUUUGUGAUCUGACACAGGGUGUGUCGCUCAGUUAUUGCACCCUUUUCAAUUUGAGGUUCGUUCCUUCGCCUGUUGAGUCGGGUGAACUUAUGUGUGCGAUUUGGCCGAGGUGUUGUCGUCGUCGUGUCACCCUACCUCACGCCGGCUUUGCCGGUUUUAGACACGAGUCCUGACGGGAUCGUGUCUUUUAUUUACCGACCCACGUUCUCAUUUUACUUUAAUUUGAAUUCACAUCGGCUGCCCUCCACAUUACAAUUCGUGGACCAAACGUUAAUAAACAUUACGAUGAUGAAGAGUGGGUCUCAUUUCAGACCUUUGAUUUUAUUUAUGUUUCUUAAUCUGCAUGUAUAGAUGACAGAGUUUCAUUUGGUACUAGAUCUAGGUUGUUCGUUUAGUUGAAGUACUGUGAAAUGGCGAUCACAGCAUCUGUUAGGAAAGUGUACUUGACCUGUCAAUUGCUGUACUUUUGUGGAAAACACUGGAAAAUGUAGUUUGGAAACUGGAAAGCGUUAUUUUCUUCACUACUGAUGAUGAGUGUGUUUUACGUACGUUUUAUGCAUCUUUUUGUACUCCGAAUUACUUUUAACGAACGUUUAAAGAGAUUCCGUCUGACGUUUCCCGAUAAUCGUUGAUUUAUAUUUACGUGUGCAAUCUGUGAAAGUCACCUUUUUUUGAGCGUGCCGGUUGCUAAAGAUUUUCUACCGCUGAAGAGUUACGUAAUUGAUUUGCGUUUCCGUUGGGUUUCUGUCUUCGUGCCUGGACUAGGGACAGCUCUUCGCUAUUGGAUAGUUCGGUAGACGUGUUGAUCGUGUGCGAUGACACUACUCGAAGUGCUUUUGGUCUUGCAUGCCUUUUCUCGUGCUGCUAGAAUAUCAUGAGUUGGCUUCUCCGUGGCUUUCGGACGCCGUGCCAGAAAGUAUAGAACAGUCGGAACCACAUGCCUGUUUCUACUCGAACUUUGCCAAAAUGCGCUUCACACUUUUGACCUUUGAUUUGGAAAGUCUCUGUUGUGUUUUUAGUUUUCUUUUCUGACCAAGACACUAAGAUUGAAUGGAAAUCCUCGACGGACGUUUGGAUAUCAAUGCAAGCUUUUCCAGGAAAAGAAACUUGCCCUUCUUCUGAUAUCAACAUAUCAACCCCUGAGGAGCGUGAAGGCAGCUUCACUGACUAGAGACUUCAGUGCCUUUGAUUUCACUAAGACCUCCAGAACCAGUACAAGCCAACGGAUGGACGGACGGACGUCUCCCAAAAACGCCACACUCACCUUUGACACAUAUGCACAUCCCAGUUUCAAGGCACCCAAACUGACUCGACUGCUGAUGAUGACAUGAACAGAACUAUAUUGGGAUUUCCCCAAUACGAGCACUGCACUAUCAUUGUCAUCUUGAGGUUUUUUCGUUUUGGUUUCGGUUUCGGUUUCUUUCUAUGGUACUGUAGAGUGACACGCUUGGUUUCUGUCGUCUUAUUUCGGGGGGCUUAUUUUAAGUGCCAUUUGACUGUUUACGUAGUGAGUCGUGGCCUGCUGUAGCGCGUUCAAAUGCAAGCACAAGCAUCGUGGUACUCUGAGAAAAACCCUCAGAACAGAAGUCCUAGAUGUAAAUAUUGAGAUAAAAUGGAAGGAUAUUUAUUUACAGUCCCUUACUUUAAGCAGUUUAAUGACAGAUAUGUUUGAAAAGUGUAAAUUGUGAUAUUUUUUUGUUUUUCCCCCUUCGCGCUCUCUCUCUCUUUAUCGUUUUGGAUGAUGUACCUUACAUAUACAGUACAUAUGUAUUUUUUUUCCUUUUUUUGUGUGUUGUUCCGAUUUACCUCUUAGUAAAUUAUAUCCUCUGAAAAUUGGUAAAAGCUUACUAAUAAGUGUAGAGUGAUUUGUAUUGUGUAUUUUACAUGAAGGAUAACAAAACUGGGGAA